AUGAAGCAACGGAUAGUGACACAGCAGUUGGCAAAAGAAAACAGAGAAGUUGAAGCUACGAUCAAGCAAUCAUCACCACGCCCGUCGAUCGCAUCUAUCGUGGCUGGAGAUGCGUCUUUGUUGAUGGCAUCAUCUGGCAUCUGCAUUGUGGCAUUGUCAAGCCUAGUGUCUGUGGUGAUGGUGUCAUUGGACGACAAUUUGUCAUCGGUGACUGAGUUGCGAUUGUUUUUGCCGUCGAUUGUUACGGGCUCUGUCUUGUUCGCAGUCGGUACGCUGAAUGGCAUGCUAAGAUAUUCGAACCGAAAGGCAAAUGCUGCACCCGGUGAGAUAGUACUGCCACCUGGGCACCCUCCUAUUGCAACUGAGAAGCUUGCAGAAAUGGUAGAACUGGAUGAGGACGGAAAUCCAAAAAAGCGCAUUAGUCGAUGCCCACUGGGUUUCUAG